AACGGACGGUAGACAUUCCGAACCCACGACCUGCGGGGUUGCCAAUAGUUACGUGCCUAGAAGAUCAUGUGAACUCCUCUCGCCGGUGAAACGGUGUCAAUAACCAGCAACACCUGCCAGAUUGCAAUUGUGGACGACUCUAGUGUCAAACAAAUGGUUGAGAAGUCUGUUGGCGGCCUGUUCUGCUUUAAUGUUGACAUGUGAAGAAGCAGAUAGUGGAACCACUCUGUGGCACAGGAUGCUGGAAACUAAUCGCUAAUUACUUACAGUAGUCGCAGUUGAAGUAUACAAAUAAGUGUCAUUAGUUACAAUUGUAACGGCUUUAUCGGAAACAGGCAUCACAUCGAGAAGCGUGCUUUACAUUGGACCGGUCCCAAAGAGACACACAGGACGACUGCCUUUGAGAGAGGAACGAGACUAGCUUUGCUCGCCGGAUAAGUAUAUACAUGUGACCAACCCAGCAAAUGUGUGCUGCUGACCCCGGCUAGCCGACCAAUUAGAACAACCGGAAGAGCAGAAAGCAUACCUAGCGGCGCGUUUAUUCAAAGUUUGGCGGUGACGGUGAACCAUCGACGGUUGAAAAGAACGCGACUUGCACCAACCCAGAAACGAUAUAUUGGCGACGACAGGUAGAGCGAACGACUGGCGACAACGGAUUAUCGAUGAAUCUGCAGUAUUCCACCCAUAAGAUUGAUGACUUUACCUGCAGUGGACCCAGACCACCCGUUCCCGGUGAGGAAAGCCGUCGGAAGAUGACGGAAGCGGCACACUCGGACCGGAACCGAGACUCGCCUCCCUCGUACGUCCGGUGGGCGCAGAAGCUAUCGCAGCUGCUGGAAGAUGGCGACGGUGCCGAACUGUUCAAGCGGUACGUCGAGCUGGAGGGCGAGGUGCCAGCGAAUCGGCUCAAGUUCUACUUUGCCUGCGAGGGCCUCAAGCAGCAGAAGGACCCGGACAGGAUCACCCAACUGAUCGGUGCCAUCUACCGGCGGUUCCUGAAGAAGGCACAGCCGGGCUCGGAGCUGUACGUGAACGAGCCAAUGCGCAACUACAUUAAGGCGGGCCUGAAGAAGGACCUGAUUCUUACGGCGGACAUCUUCGACCAGAUGCAGUCGCACGUGAUGAAAAUCAUCGGCGAGACGACCUAUCCGCACUUUCUGCAGUCCGACCUCUACCUACAGUAUGUGCAGAACAUGCAAAGCUCGAGCAGCAGCAGCAGUGUGAUCGGUUUCGGCAGUGCCAGUUCCACCGGCGGUGGCGGCGUCUGUGUUGUUGUGUCGUCAAGUAGCACCACGUCAAUCGCCGGACCAGGUAGUGCAAUGGCCGGACCAAGCACUUCCGGUAUCGGCACUUCCAUCGACACUGCCUCAACCGCGUCCGCCUCGGACAAUGCGGCGGAUCUAGCCGGUGCUAGUGCUGGCCCUUCAACGAGCAGCGGCGGUGCAGGCUCCGUCGGCCCAGCGGCCUCUUGUUCGUUGACGAGCAGCAGUUCGACGUCGGAACUGCUCUCACAUUGCUCCUACGCCCUACCGACGCUCCACGAAGACUCGGAACUAGUCAACGCCGACUCGAUCGAGGAACUCUAUGGUGCCGUGGGCCCCGGCUUGGAUAGCGUUGCCAUCGCUGCCAGUCUCGCCAGUCAGCAGCCACCGGGUGCGGUCGGUCCUAUGGGGCCACCGCCUGCAGGAGCCUCGUCGAAGGCCCAGAUGACGCUCACGAAGGACACACUGAUGGCCACGCAGAAACGGCGCCUCGAAAUGCGGCCCCCUGGAACACGCGGAACCUCCGCCUAUGUUUACACCGCCUAUGCACCCUACAAUCCGGUAUCGCGGCGCGACUCAGAACUGGCCAGUCUGAGCUCCGGCCGUGCCGAUUCCGACGCGAUGUCACUCUCGAGCAUCUCCAACGACGGAAGGCCACACUCGCAGCGCAAGCACCAUCACCAUCAUCAUUCGUCAAUCGAGCGAAGAUUGAUGCGUGAAAACGCCCUAACCAACGAGGAAGUGGACCACUUUUCGAUUAUUCCUCGUACGCACAGGCACACACAAAAACCGCUACCGCCGCCGGAGUUUGCUAAAAUUCUGAUCACCAAGCUGGACGCCGUUGCUCGCGACCAGGAAAAGGACGAGUUGCUGUGUAAAAAGUUACAGGAGGUAGAACUGUCCGACCGAUCGCAGAACGCUGGAGUGCUGGCCGACGCUCUCCGGCAGAAGCUGCAGAUGGACGAUGACAACGAUCAGGACAUUCUUGACCAGCACGUGUCGCGUGUGUGGUCUGACCUGACACCUAGCCUAUCACCGGGCACGAUGUCGCCCUGUCCGGCGAACCUAGUUUCUCGCACCCGGCGCCACGAGUUGUCCGGAUUCUUACAAGUGGGAGCUCAAUCGGCCUCGAUGCGCCAUUCCAAGUCGAUGCCGGAGGGCUAUCCUCCGAUGGGACCGCCACUGGUGCCGGCUUCGCUCGUGUCGGCUUCCGGGACGCGCAAGCUGAACCACAAGUGGCCCUCGGUCAACACGGACAGUGGCAUCAGUCUGUUUUCGACCGACACGCUCACGAAGCACAGCAGCAGCGGAGGCAGCAGCAGUAGCCGUGGAGAGCUGAACAUGGGCAGCAGCUCGCGGCCACUGUCGCGCAACAUGCACGCGGAUAUGCACACGGCAACGUUACUGCAAGAAUCUAGCCGCCGCCUGGAGGACGAAACGCGACGAUCAAAACGCUACCAACAUCCGCCGCCGAGUGGAAUACAAAACAUGCCGCUACCACCAUUGCCACCAUCGUCGAUGUCGUCAUCGGGCAUUGGUUUCGGGGGGCUCGGUUUCAUGCCACCGACCAUGCCACCGCCACCAAUUCCGGCCAAACCGCACCAGGCACCGAACGAGUUUACGAUCGUUGUGUACUCGUUCUGCGACGAGGAGGUUCCGUAUCGGAUAAAGAUCCCCGGCACGCAACCGCCAACCUUGCGCCAGUUUAAGGACUAUCUGCCCAAGAAGGGCAACUACCGGUUCUUCUUCAAAACGCGCUGCGAAGAUCUGGACAAUCCGGUCAUACAGGAGGAAGUCAACAGUGACAGUGAACCACUGCCGCUGUUUGAGGGCAAAGUCAUGGGCACGGUGAAACCGUCGGAGUAGUGUACACCGGACACGAUCGGACGAGAGAGAGAGAGAGAAAGGCAGAGGGCUGAUUACUUUCUCCACGAGCGUGAGCAAUGAACAGGAGAGCGAAAGUGUUACACAAACUUUCCGUAGCAAAGGGACGCAAAUGAAAAGUAAUAAUGUGGCUUCCGUUAGUCUGUAUGUAAGUAGGUGCUCCCCGCUUUGUAGGUAGCAUGUACAGCGAGAGAAAGCGACAGAGAGAAAAGGUUAAAAUUGUAUAGAAAAUUAAGGGUAAACCACAGACACACGACAUCGCGUAUAAUGAUCAUUGCUUGAGAAAAGAAACCAUGAAAAAGUGCCUUUUAUAGAAGCCCCAACACAGAGAUAGGGGUCGAAAUAAUUCUUAGUCCGUUACGGAACCGUUUGGAAAGCAAUCGUUAAGAAACGGUGGCCCCACGUAUCACCGCACACACCCUGUGUGCCGUAUUGUGAUGGCAAUCGGAACGCACGGCGGCAGCAAUAAAAAGGAAAAGGUAGAAAAUGAGCAAAUGUAAUCAAAUCAAAAGUAUUAAUAUUUUAUCGAUUAGUUCUGCUGUUUUCCUCGGUGUUCAGUGUGUUCAGGACAAGAUUUGAUUUAAACUUAACGGAUUGAAGCCGACAGUGGCGACCAAGCCUAAAACUGGCAAAUAAGUACGACUUUUUGAGAGAGCCUGUCAUUGAAUGAGACACACACUAACUUACUGUUUACUACCAUCUCGCGGAAAGUUUAAUAGCCAGGCCCCCGUGGGACACUUCGGGUCAGCCAACAAGUUCUUCCAACACGCGAGGUUUCCGCCCCUGGCAAUCGCAAACCGCCGAAGAAGCAUCAUUGCCACUUAAAGUAGCCGACCUCGGCACCGACUAAUGGUCGAUUUUUGUUUACCCGUUUCCCGCUUCCCGUUUCCCGUUUCCCGUUUUUGUUCAUCAUCUUCAUAUUCACCCGGAUAGCCCGUUGAUUAGAGAUAUAUGCGGCUUACGAUCAACAACAACCGCACACCAUCUCUCGCCUGCUCGGAUUAGCCUUAUAAUCGUUAGGAUUCAACCCGGCCUUGUGCAGUUUAUAAAAGCGUAGGAAUCAUAAAAUGGCGCCAACGAAAGUGAAAUUGAACGUGGAGCACCGGAAAAAAUAAAGAGAGGAGUGGUACAUAUACAUUCAUGUAUAUUUGUAAGUUAUACACGGCAUAAAAACGGCGAAAGCAACG